AUGUCGCCGACCCCUAUGCCUGGGUAAGCCCCAAAUAAACUUAAAAAAAAGUUUAUAUAAUGUUAACCCAUUGCUAUUUACAUAGUUUUAUUUAACAUUACUAAAAGCCACAAAAGUAGCAAGAAAAUUUAUUUAUCGUAAGCACUUGUAUUAACCCCUAAUAGUUAAUUUUAGUGGAGUGUUUAUAUAUUAUUCGAAUACAAGUAGGUUGUUGGUACUAUUUAGUAUAAUUAAUCAUCUAAUUAUCUAGUAUUAAUUGAACUAGAAUUAAUUUUUUUGGCAUAUAAAUAAAAGUUGUGUUCUGAUUUAUUUUAACAUAUAGUCGAAUCAUGUUAAGUUACACAAAACAAAACUUCAUCGAAAUCUCUCCUUAUGCCUUUAAAAAAACUCAUGAAAAAUGAUGAAAUGCUUUAAUUAAUCAUCAUAUGUGUUCUAGGCAUAGCUUAAUAAAUGAUUGAUUUCUAGCUCAUUAUUUUUUGGUCGAACAAUUAAUUUAAGUUCAUUACUCCAUAAUGUUUCAUUAAAUUACAUUCUAUUCUUGUCUCUACUAGAUUUAAUCGAGUUUAUAAAACUAUUAUCCCAAAAGUACAGAAUACCAGUAAACAGUAAAUAAACAAAAUCAGUAAUGAAAUAAUUACUUCUCAAUGCAAUAUUUUAGUUACACACAUAAAUGGGAUAUACCUUUGCUCGCCGAGGAUACAUUAAUUAUCUCAAUAAUGGCACUUAAUUCAUUCGUAUUUUCUGCGUCACAUUAGAAUAAAUAAAUUACAGCAACGUUCACGGCAUAUAACAGUCAUAGCGUUUUUCUCGAAUAAUGACCACAUCAGAACGUUUGGUAAAAUGAAAUCGUGAUCAUAACGUACACACAAAAAAUUUUCAAUGGCAAUUAAAAAUAACUAUUACUACUGACGAGCGACCCAGGUAAACAGCGUUAUUCGAGAUAAGAGAUACGGAAUGUUUGCAUAUGAGAUAACAUAAGGAAGCAAAGUACAAUACAAUGCUAAUUAACAGCACUUGGUGAACGUAUCGAAUGUACAGUAAAAGUUUGGCGAUCGUGUGACAGUCAGAACAUGCCUAGUACUAAGGAUCAGUCUCCCGUUGUUCCCCACAUCGGGACGAUAUCCCAAAGUAGUUUGCUACAACGAAGAGCCAAUUCUAAAGAGGAAUUAGAUUCUUCGUAUUAUAAGUACGACAGCUACGAUGACGUUUCGUUGGGUCCUAGUACUCCGCAAAUUCCGGCUAAGCAUUUCUUUCUUUCGAGUCCGAACAGGCUGAACAACAUGUCGAGAGACAUGAUGAUGUGCUCCAAGUGCGGAGAAGGGUUCGAACCGCAGGAGAAAAUCGUCAACUCCACGGGCCAACUGUGGCAUCAGCAAUGCUUCGUGUGUGCACAAUGCUUUCGCGAGUUCAGAGAUGGAGUUUUCUACGAAUUCGACGGCCGCAAGUACUGCGAACACGAUUUUCAAGUGCUGUUCGCGCCCUGCUGCAGCAAAUGCGGCGAAUUCAUCAUCGGAAGGGUAAUCAAGGCCAUGAACGCCAGCUGGCACCCGUCUUGUUUCAAAUGCGAAAUGUGCUCGCUGGAAUUGGCGGAUACUGGUUUCAUUAAAAACGGCGGCAGGGCUUUAUGUCACGAAUGCAACGCUAAAGUGAAGGCCAGAGGUUUGGGCAAGUACAUUUGCCACAAGUGCCAUGCCAUAAUCGACGACCAACCGUUGAAGUUUAGAGGCGAGGUGUACCAUGCCUAUCAUUUCAACUGUACCGCCUGCGGUACGGAAUUGGACAGCAGCGCUAGGGAGGUCAGGAAUCGUUCGGGAUUCGCCAAAAACGAAAUGAACGAGUUGUAUUGCCUGCGUUGUCACGACAAAAUGGGCAUUCCCAUAUGCGGAGCUUGCAGGAGACCCAUCGAGGAACGCGUCGUGACGGCUCUUGGUAAACAUUGGCACGUUGAGCAUUUUGUUUGCGCUAAAUGCGAGAAACCGUUCUUUGGACAUCGUCAUUACGAGAAAAAGGGGUUGGCUUACUGUGAAACUCAUUACCAUCAACUCUUUGGAAAUCUUUGCUUUUUGUGCAACCAAGUUAUCGCAGGAGAUGUUUUUACUGCAAUGAACAAGGCUUGGUGCGUUCACCAUUUCGCCUGUUCCGUGUGCGAUCAAAAAAUGAACCAGAAGACGAAAUUCUACGAAUACGAUUUGAAGCCGGUGUGCAAAAAAUGCUACGAAAAGUUUCCCAAUGAGUUACGUCGUAGGUUGAGAAGACAACACGAGGCUACGCCCAGGAAACCUGGAACUCCCACACCCGCUUAAACCUUCGGCGUUUAGUAAAUAUUGGUUUUUUUUAUUAACAUGACACGAAAUGCAUUAGGUUUAUAGUUUGUUCGGUUGGUAUAAAGUAAGGUCUUCCUAGUUUAUGUCUUGCCACAAGUUUGUUGAUUAUUUAGAACAGUUUAUGGUCAUUUUUAAUUUUUCUUCGAAAUUAAUUAUUCGGUAAAUUCAGAAAGAGUAAUUGGUUUUAAUCCCAUCAUUAAUUUGCCCGUUUUCUUAAAUCUUGUAUCAAAAAUCAAUGACAAUAUUUUUUAAAAUGUUAAGUUUAAGCUUUAAUGUAGUUUAUGAAGGACCUCGAAUUGUUAAUUAGAUACGUAUAACAUUUAAUAUUGAUUAAUUCUGUUAAAAAUAAGGUGUUGAAUUCACCUUAGUUUAAUGUCUUGUUUAGAAUACAUUUGGAUGGUGUUGUGCAAUUGGAAACUGUUGGCUUUUUUGUACGAAAUUGUAAAAUAUUUCUGGUGAGAAAACUAUUUUUUCGCCGUAGGGAGCUUUAGGAAUAAACGCUUUUCAAAAAGAUUAAUAUUUUUUAUAAAUUCGGAUUUGAUUUAUCAUUGCAUAACACCGUCUAAAUUUACUAUUUCUUUGACUUAGUUUUAUUUAUAUUUAUCUAUCGUUUCCAAAUAACAUUAGUUUUUGAAAAUUAACUAGUCAACAUGUUAACAAUUAUAUUAAUUAAGCCCAUAUUUACUAAUUUCGGCUUAACAACCUGAUAACUGUCUGAUAAAAUUUAACAGUCGGUUAACAAUGUUUGUUAUUCACCACGAUAUUUGAAGUAAUUGAUAGUAAACAGACAGUUUUGUAUGUCAAAUUUGAAUAUUUGAAGAAGUAAAUAACUAUAAUAACCCGUAUUCUAGCGGUUAUUCCAUCUAACCGAAUCUUUCUUCAAUCUGAACCUAUUUUAAUUCUAUUUCGGAAUAUUUCUAUCUAUUUAAUAUCUAUUUCUAUCAUUAUCUUCGGAAGAUGAAUUGAACAAUUCGUGAAAUUCUAUUCAAUUUAACUGCUCCCUAGAUAUAAAAUUAAAAUGUUAUAUGUCACUGUUAAUAAUCGUAAAACUUUCGACAAUUUUUACAUUUGGAUUGAAGUUAUCAGUCUGUUACUUCUUUUGUCAGUUCGAUUUUGCUCUAUUACUGCUAUCUGGCGGAUGCCAAAAUAUGACAUUAACAGGUUGAUCAGAAUAACUUAUCUCUCUGUUAGCAAUUUAACAGACAUUGGUGAAUAUGGCGGUUAGGAGUGUAAAACUAAUAAAAUUUGAACUUGGCUUAUUUGUAAAUAGCAACUGUUAUAAAAUAGGCUUUUCUUAAAAAUUCCUUAAAAUAUUUCAAUUUUAUAGAACCCAUCCCUUUUAUAACUCAUCUUAAUAAUCUCUGCGGUUAGAUAUUAGAAAUAAAUAUAAUUUUUAUAUUGUACAAAGAAACUAAUGUAAGCUUGCUGUUCAUACUACUGCUAACUAUUAUUCUUUCGCCUUAUAAUUGAAUAUUCGAUCCUUUACCAAUAGGGAUCGAAGGAAUUGUGUGUAGUACAAUCAUUAAGUUUAAGUUACGUUUCAAACACCAUGUCUAGAUUACUUGGUUUAGACUUCAACCAUAAACUACGAGCGUAUUAAUUACGGUUUGUUAAGAACGAUUUCUAACGAAAAUUCAAAUGUUCUUCUUUAAUUAGUUCGAAGUUGCUUGUAGAUUAGAUUUGUCUAAUUAAUAGAUUAAAUAUGUAUCUUUCCAGUAUGUAAUAUCUCAUGGGCUUCUCCAUGACUAUUUAUUAUUUUAGGUUUCUAUUCAUAUUUGCGUAUGAAGGAACUUAUUUAUAAAUGCGGUACUUAAAAUGUUGUGCUUGAUUUGUUUCUAUUAGUUUGUAAAUUUAAGAUGUGCCAUAUGUGACUUAUUAACAACUCCACAUAAUAUACUCUGCUUUCAGGUUUCAAUGCAAUAAUGAUUUUUUUAAUUACUCUAUAUAUCAGUCAUUAACAUGUAUUGCAUAUCACCAUGGCGUUUCUUAAUAUUAACUCAAAUAUUUUACAUAGAACUUUUUUUUCCAAAUACCAUACGUAGACUAUAAUUAAAGUGCCUUUAUUGUAGUGCAUUCCGUAGAUCUGGGAAUACAUAGUUCAUAAAAGUACAGUUAGUAACGUUUUUAAUUAUUAAUUAACUGUAUUUUUUUAAGCUUACAAUUUAUAAAAAUGAUCUAUAAAUUAUUUAUGCUUUGAUAAUAUCCGGUAAUUGAACGCCCUAAUUUGUAAUAUUUUACAAUAUUCGUACAAUUUAAUCCUGAAACUAAUUCCCUGUGUUUUUAUACUAAGAAAUAGUUCUUCCAAUAAGGUAUUAACGAAUUAAAUUUUAUCUCUUAUUUGUUUUAAAACAUUUAACCUAUUUUUAUAGAUUUGAA